UGCCACCGUCAUGCGACCCUGGCGAGUUUCACGUUUUCCGGUCUGUGACCUCGGAGUGUUGGUGCUCAGACUCAUUUUGAUCUGAAUAAAAAACGCUGGAAAUUGAUCAGAAAAACUAAUUUAGUAAAAACCGUCCCGCGGCUGCCAGAGAAUCGUUGGCCGAACUUCAGCGAAGUUAGCCGGGCUACCGUCAGGGGAGCUAAAGAGGAAACAUGGCUUCCGUGGAAGAACUGUCCCCGGCGUCAGACCCUGUGUCUGCUCGACUUCGAGAAGAUGAAAUAGACGACGAUGAAGAUGAAGAUCUGGAUGAGACCCUGGUGGAGAGGUUGUGGGGUCUGACGGAGAUGUUCCCGGACACAGUGAGGACAGCUGCGGAGGCCUCAGCGCAGUGCUCGGUCUCAGUGUUAAAGAAGUUUUACAGCUUUUCCCGCUCGGCGCUGUGGGUGGGGACGACCUCCUUCAUGAUCCUGGUGCUGCCGGUGGUGUUUGAGACGGAGCGGCUUCAGCUGGAGCAGCAGCAGCUGCAGCAGCAGAGACAGAUCCUGUUAGGACCCAACACUGCGAUGUCGGGCGGGAUGCCUGGCAUGAUGCCUGCUGCACCUGGCAAGGUGUGAGGCAGGAGGAAUCUGUUGAAAUCUGCCCAGCAACAGCGCUCUGAUUGGCCUCUCUCCUUGUGCUCAACAUCAUGCAGAGACUGAAAUCCAGGAGCAGCUAGCUUCUGUCAUCUCGUUUGUUUUUUUUAAAGAAAUACUGAGAGCAAAUGUUUGUUGUUCAGAGUUAGGAAAGAUGUGGAUGUUGUUUGAAGUCUGAUCAGUGUUUCUGUUUUUAGAGGUUCUGUCCUGGUAAAUAGAAGUGUCACGUCGGUAUAAAUGAUGCCACCAUGUUUGUUUUGGGGUUUUUUCAUUGUUUCUAUGUAAAAUUCUUUUUUUUUUUUCUUGUUGCCAUUUAAGGAGAAAGUCUUAUGCUUAAACACGUGUCACUUCUUUUUUGACUGCAACAAUUAAAACCCAUUGAAAUACUU